GAAGUUUCGUAGUGCAGAGCUUAAAAGUUAAAAGCCAAUUCCGGGUCAUCUUUCUUCUCCCGCUCACCGGUCGCCAAAGCCCUAGCUUUAAUCGCAAUCACUCACCGCUCUCUAUCUCUCAAGCAAACCCAACAGCCUCCUUCUCUCUAACUACACGGCGAUACAAAACCAGGUUAUUCUUGCUACAAUUUCUUUUGGCCUUGGUGUGAAAAGGGUGUCGAGACUGAUAAUCUUACGAGAGUUUGCGUGGUUGAUUGUAUGAGUCCAGAUUACUGAAACACAUUAGAACUUGGAGGUUUAGCCCAUUCCAUUAGCUCUGCCCCUACCUAGUAGAAGUACCCAGAACCAGAAAAUGGCAGGGGAAGAUGAGGACUUACCAAGAGACGCAAAGAUUGUGAAGACGCUGUUAAAAUCAAUGGGCGUGGAGGACUAUGAACCUCGCGUUAUUCACCAAUUCUUGGAGCUAUGGUAUCGGUACGUGGUCGAUGUACUCAGUGAUGCUCAAGUUUACUCUGAUCACGCGGGCAAGGGUGCGAUUGAUUGCGAUGAUAUCAAGCUUGCCAUUCAGUCCAAGGUCAAUUUCAGCUUCUCGCAACCCCCUCCAAGAGAGGUUCUACUGGAGUUGGCCAGAAACAGGAACAAAAUUCCAUUACCAAAAUCCAUCUCAGGGCCUGGUGUGGCGCUACCACCUGACCAGGAUACCUUGAUCAGCCCAAAUUAUCAACUGGCAGUCCCUAGGAAACGACCAGCUCAAGCAGUUGAAGAAAUGGAAGAGGAUGAAGAAACUGUUGAACCCAAUCCACCCCAAGAGCAGAAGCCUACUGAUAUACUGCAGAAUACAUCCCAAAAGGUAUCUUUUCCCCUUGCUAAACGCACCAAGUGAGGCUAUAUAUGGUAUGUAAGGGAAGAAGCUGCAGUUCGUUUUGGUCUAGAGAAGCGAGAUCAAACUAUUGUUAACUUGUCACAAAUGCUGAUUUGUAAUGAUACUUAUACAUGUAGUAGAAUGUAAACAUCAUGCCGUUUAGUUCUGGUAUCUGUUCCUUUUACAAUGAUAAUGCUUAGACGCUGUGGUUUUAAGGAUUA